UUCGAACGGCAAAUUCUUAAUUCCAGAAAUUUCUCUCUCCGACGAUUAAACCGGCGACAGAGGUCGAAAGGUUUCUUCUGCCCUUGCCACCCUUCUCCCCUCUAAUUUUUUUUGCCCCUUCCGCCAUCUCUCGCCUUCGAGGGAAAGAUCUGUACGAUUGAAAGAGAGGGAUUUGGAUCCGGCACGCUACGAAGAAACCUAGGGUUAGGGCUUUCGUUCCUCGUGGCGUUCGUGGCUUGAGAGGAGAAGAUGAGCGUGAACGCGGUGCUGGCGCCCAACUCCCAUGGGAACCUGGACGAGCAGAUCGCGCAGCUCAUGCAGUGCAAGCCGCUCUCCGAACAAGAGGUUAGGGUUUUGUGUGAAAAAGCCAAGGAGGUAUUGAUGGAAGAAAGCAAUGUUCAGCCUGUGAAGAGCCCUGUGACAAUAUGUGGUGACAUUCAUGGGCAAUUUCAUGAUCUAGCGGAACUGUUUCGAAUUGGAGGGAAGUGUCCAGAUACAAAUUACUUAUUUAUGGGUGAUUAUGUGGACCGUGGAUACUAUUCUGUUGAAACUGUUACGCUUUUGGUGGCCCUCAAGGUUCGUUAUCCUCAGCGAAUUACCAUUCUUAGAGGAAACCAUGAGAGCCGUCAGAUUACCCAAGUUUAUGGAUUUUAUGAUGAAUGUUUAAGAAAAUAUGGUAAUGCAAAUGUAUGGAAGACCUUCACAGAUUUAUUUGAUUAUUUCCCAUUGACAGCACUGGUUGAAUCUGAAAUAUUUUGCCUGCAUGGUGGAUUAUCUCCAUCUAUUGAAACCCUUGAUAGUAUACGUAGCUUUGAUCGUGUUCAAGAAGUUCCGCAUGAGGGCCCUAUGUGUGAUCUUUUAUGGUCUGACCCUGAUGAUCGAUGUGGUUGGGGUAUUUCUCCUCGUGGUGCUGGAUAUACUUUUGGCCAAGAUAUAUCAGAGCAGUUUAACCACACCAAUAACCUUAAGCUGAUAGCAAGAGCUCAUCAAUUAGUCAUGGAAGGAUACAACUGGGGACAUGACCAAAAGGUAGUGACUAUAUUUAGUGCACCAAAUUAUUGCUAUCGGUGUGGUAACAUGGCCUCCAUCUGUGAAGUCGAUGACUGUAAGGACCAUACAUUUAUCCAGUUUGAGCCAGCCCCCAGGAGAGGAGAGCCGGAUGUGUCUCGCAGAACUCCUGACUACUUCCUGUAAAUCAGCUAGUGGAGGAGUUGAAUUCUUGAUUCCUCACAGCAAGCACUGCUUGCUAAAUGGCAUUGUGAUUGGAGACAGUUCCCUCCCAGGAUCCUACGAUCAGUUUGACAUUUUUAUUCCAAGCUGCUUGGCUUUGGUGGUUUGGAUGGAAUAGAUGUAUAUUGAUGUUGAAAGCUGUACCUCUAAUGGGGUUCCAUUGUUGUUGGAGGUAGCAAGGCUGACAAUGUAGCAGCGUGUAUCAUUUCCAAGGGAAUUCUUUGGUAUCCA